AUUUUCGUCUCAAUAGCAACAGCCACAUCAUCUGCAGGUCUUUCCAUUUUCAUUAAGUUAGUUAAUUAGUAAAUUUUCAAGUUUAUCAACUAUCUACAAAUAUUCAAUACGCGUAAUUGCUGACACUUAAAAAAAAUUUUAAAAACGUACAAGUUCCGGUGACAAAUACGAAGUUCAUUUCUUAUAUAACCUAAAGCAUGAACAGCUUCGCACUAAAUUCUUCCACUGACAUCAAUUUGUUUAAAAGAAGAUCGUCGCUGUUUAAACCUACAUUGGACGAUGAUGAUGUUUUGAAACAGUCGUUAUCCGCGUUUAUACAGUCACAUCGAGAGCAAGAACUUACAGUUUCGGAUGCGCCAAUUACGUGGGAAAGACUUUCAACAGGAUAUAGAAUUGUUGAUUUUCAGGUUGAUAGAACAGAGGAACUUCUAGAACUUUUAAAAGUACAUUACUUUUGUUCUAAUCAUUCAUGCGCAUCAUCAACUUUAUACAUCGAUUCUAAUACGAUAAAUAAAUAUCAAAAAUUUAUUCUAGAUUUAAUAUCUAAUAGUAAUAGUUUUUGUGCAAUAGAAGAAGGCACUGGAGAAAUCGUUGGAGUAGCCAUGACAAAGAUUACGUUAACAGAAGAAGACAAUUAUGAAGAAGAAAAUCGGGUUUUAACAAGUAAAGAUGUGUUCAACGUUUUAAAGCUAGAAAAAGCACUUUUGAAAGAAGCCAAGUCGAACAAAAAAUAUCAAUUUGACAAGUAUUGCUGUAUCCAUGUUGUAUGCGUUAAACCUAAAUAUUAUGGAAAAGGAAUUGGCACUUCAUUAGUUCGAGCUUGUUUAUCGAAAGCUCAGGAACAGCAAUGCCCUCUAUGCAUUGGAAUAUUUUCCGCAGGACCAAGUCAAACUAUUGCGCAAAGAUUUGGUUUCGAAAUUUUAGCAAAAAUGCCAUGGAUUAACGUGAAAACAUCUAAAAACAAAAACAACCAUCCGCACGUGGAAUCUUCCCUUUUAGAAAACAGCUUUGUUACGUGUAUGGGUUUAUUGCUUCCGCCAAAUAAGGAUAUUAAUAGGAUUUCAAAUAAAUCUAAAGAUGAAUCUACGUAUGGGCAAAAUACAUCAUGAAAAUUUGAAAAUGUGUACAUGUAAAUUAUUAAAUAUUUUGAGAACGUAUAAUUUAUUAUUUUAAAUUUUCAUAUACACGAUCACGAUUAUUAACAAUCAAUUAUUAUUAAAUUCGAAAACUGACUUCGUGUUAAUAAAUAAAUUCUUGAUAAAUAAAACGUAAUACAUAAACAAUU